AUGCAGACUUUCAUCCCCAUCUCCCUUCUCCUCGGGGCCUUCGCAUCCAUAUCUCAGGGCGCCUCGAUCCCCACUGCUCGUUUCCAGUUCUCCGUAGCAGACAUCGCCGAUGCAACCAACAAAUGGGCCGCUGACACCAGCAAAGUCUCCCAGUUCCUAUCUAGGGCCCCGAUCCUGCUCGGGUCCGACCUCACCACGGCAGCCCAGGUAGCACUCGCCGCCGAGAAGGACGAACUCACUCACAAGAGCGUCCUGGACCAGCAGUUCGCUGCCAACCCAUCAGUUCAGAGCGCGAAGAACACUCUCGAGAACCCGAACAACUUUCAGUUCGUCGUCGAUGGUCUGACGACUCUUUCCAACGGUGCCGCCCUCUCGGCAAAGCAAGUCAGCGACUUGGUUGAUCAGAUCAACUUGACUCGUUGCAAGAACGUGCUCCCGGCUAUUGAUCGGUACUUCUCCGCCAGUUCUGCGGUGCUUCAGAAUGGUCUCAGCUUAGUUGCCAACCGACCCAACAACUGCCCUUAG